AUGCAAAACCCAUCAAAUCCACCACCAGCCGGAUCAGCAGCUGAUCACUACAGCCAAAUGCCAGUUAAAGUAAUUCCAUCACCAAAUGGCCAACCAACUCCAGGUGCCUAUCCACCACAACAAGGUGCUCCAGGUCAACCAUUACCACCAUAUCCAGGUCAACAACCACCACAACAAGGUGCUCCAGGCCAAUACCCACCACAACAACCACAACAAGGUGCUCCAGGUCAAUACCCACCACAACAACCAGGUCAAGCUGGUCAGUAUCCACCACAACAACCGGGCGCCUACCCACCACAACAACCAGGUCAAGCUGGUCAAUAUCCACCACAACAACCACAACAAGGCCAAUACCCACCACAACAACCAGGUGCUCCAGGUGCCUAUCCACCACAACAACCAGGUCAAGCUGGUCAAUAUCCACCACAACAACCACAACAAGGUCAAUACCCACCACAACAACCAGGAGCCUACCCACCACAACAACCACAACAAGGCCAAUACCCACCACAACAACCAGGUGCUCCAGGAGCCUAUCCACCACAACAACCAGGUGCUCCAGGUGCAUAUCCACCACAACAACCAGGUGCUCCAGGUGCCUACCCACCACAAACAGGUGCUGUUCAACCAUAUCCAGGUCAAGGUUACCCACAACAAGCAGGUGCAUAUCCACCACAACAAGCAGGUGCAGUUCAACCAUAUCCAGGUCAAGGUUACCCACCACAAGCAGGUGCUUAUCCACCACAACAACCAUAUGGUUACUCAACUACUUCAACUACAGCCUAUCAACAAUAUCAACAAUAUCCAAUGGGCGCAUACCCACCACAACAAUAUUCAGCCUAUCAAACAACCACUGUUGGUUAUGGUGCCCAAUCAAUUGCUGCAUCACCAUACGUUAGAGGUUCAUACACCUAUGGUUCAGCAUAUUCAAGAACUGCUACUUUUGUAGUUCCAGUUGGUUUACCAGCACAUCUUGUCACAAAAAUGAUGCAAGCUAGCGCUGCUUUUAGAAUUCAUGAUUACAAUUGCAGUGGUACUUUAUCUAAAAAAGAAUUCAAAAAAUGUCUCAAACAUUUAGGUGUUUAUUUCUCAAAGGGUCAAAAUAAAAUGUUAUUCUAUCAAAUUGAUAGGGAUUAUUCAGGUUCAAUUUCCGAACGUGAGUUCUGUGAAUGGUAA